AUGACGAUCAACGGAAUCAACGGUGCCAAUGGCACAUCUCACCCUGACGUUGAAGCCCAACCCAGGACUAGAGUGUACCUUUGGGGGCUUGAUAACGAAGAGCAUAAGUCGCCUACACGCCCCGAGCAUGCCGAGGCUUUGAUCCACGGAAGCUUUCAGGAGAGCGUCAUUGGCGCCGACAACAGGGAGCGAGUCGUCCAACGUGAUUUCAUGCCAGGUGGCGUCUAUCGAGCAAUUGUCAAACUGUUCCUGCGGUUCGAGAACCAAGCGGAAGACGACCCCUGGGCCAUGGCAACUGGAUGGCUCAUUCGCAAGGACCUGCUGGUGACGGCGGGACAUUGUGCCUAUGACCAUUCUCACGGGCUGGGCCGCCUGCUCCACGUCAAAGCCUAUAUUGGCUACAGUGGCAAGGAGAGCAUCAUGCCUCCCGAGCCUAAUGUCAAAGAUAAGUUCCGUGACAUCUACAGUAACUACAAGGUGGAGUUUCGCACCGGAAAGGCUGUCAUGACGACCGAAAGCUGGCACAACAAUGGGUCUUUCGAGGCCGCGGAUCUUUCUUUCAUCCAGCUGUCGUCGGGCUUUGAAGGUGUGGACCCGAUCAAGUACAGUCCGACACCGAUCGCUAGCCAGGCAAAACUAGGUGUCAUUGGGUACCCUGGUGACCUACUCAACCCCGACAUCCAACACAGCGACGAGAAGGGAGCCGUCAUGUGGGAGAUGUACCUCAAGGAUGCCGAGUCGUGGGACACUAGACUUAGCAGCAGCAACCCUGAAGGUCUCCUUCAAUACACCAUUGAUACCUACGGAGGCAACUCAGGCUCGCCCGUUCUGUUGGAGAGGCCCACGGAUCCCAGAAACGUGACAGCCAUCGGGGUGCACGUUUAUGGAGGAUCAAAGAACUCGGCGUCUGUCAUUGGCCCUGAAGGUAAUGUUUUUGAGCAAUACCUCAGCGCCCUCGAUGUCUACAACGGCGCUCCUGAUGCUCGGGUCCGUUCGGAGCCAGUUGAGGGGCCCCAGAGGGAAUGGCUCAAGAUCUUCAGCGUGCCAGCUGAGGCCAAGGUCACGCCCACGCCGAAGCCAACACCAGGCCCCCGACCGGACGGAGGAGAGGCCCUACUGCCCGGCAGCGGGGGGCCGGGAACGUUGGGUGGCAACAUCACUGGCGUCGAAGAAGGCUUCCUCGACUUCUUGAACAAGGCUGUGAACUUUGUGGCACCUGUCGUCACGAGCGCCCUUGACGUGGCCUUGCCCAUUGCACUCGGACCCGUCGGCGUCCCCGUUGCCGCCCUUGCCGGCGCGGCCCUCGGUGCCGCGGGCAAGCUCGCUGCCAGAGGCGCCGGGGGCACGGAAGCCGAGAUUGGCAAGCUGUCUCAGUACGCGCACGAGGGCAUCGCUGAGCGGGCUGUUCUCGGCGAGGCCGCCAUCGCAUGCCUCAAGCACAUGGGCAAUGACAAGUGCCAGCAGGAAGGCUUCUUUGACAGCAUGAGUGCCUAUGUCAAGAAGCUUGCUCCCUUGGUCACGACAAUUGGCCCCAAGAUUGUCGGCGCUGUCGCAGAGCCCGCACUGCGCCUUGCCCUCAGCAACAUCCCGAAGCCCCCGGGCACGGAGAGCGAGAUUCCAAAGCUCCGGCCUGGCCGCAGCAACGAUACCAAGGUCGCCGGCUUCGGGCCCAAGCUCCCCAACCCAAACCACGAAGCUUUUAUCACCACGCUUGGUAGCAAGCUCACGGAGAGUGAUACGGAGGGUUUCUUGGAGGUCACGGAUGGCCCGGGACAGGUCAUUCGAAAAGGCCUCCGAGUUCACGUGCGGCCGCUCGACCAAUCGAUCAAGGACUUCCAUGAUCUCGUCAAGCCCAGAGGCACAGAAUCGACUUUCCAGGAUCCGCAGGGAUGGAAGUUCAAGGGCGGCAUCACUGAGCGUGCCAUUCUGGGCGAGGCGGCUCUUCUGACGCUGAUGGACACGCCCGUGAAGAAGCUCGAGCAGGAGGGCCUCACGGAGGCUCUGCUUCCUCCGGUCAACCAGGGUUGGCCGCGGCUCUCGCAGACCGAGCGCAACCUUCUGAAUGCCGAUGAUGAAUUUGUGAAUUGGGACACGACACUCAACAGUGAAAACAACGCGUACAACGCAGUUGAUCUCGAGGCUAGCAAUGCCGGCGUACUCGCUUACAACAUGAUCGGGAAACGCUUCUCGGUCUACAAUGCGGCCUUCGCUGCAGGGCAACACGCCGUGCCCCACGGAGUCCCCAACGUCCAGUCUAUUUUCGGGUUUGCUGCGGCGGGCGUCAACAUGCUCGGCUCGUACCAGCAAGGCGACCCGCAGAUCGCAUUUGGAUGGAACAAUCAGUCGACUAUUUUCGCGGCAGGCGUCAAUCUUCCGGCGAACCAUCCUUGGUCUUUGGCGGGUGGCUUCGUCGCCGGGUUCGUCGAGGCUUGUUCACCUCAGAGAUACAGGUCUCAUGUGCGAGUCUAUGGUCAGCGUGCGAGCACUCGCAUCCAGGUCGGUUCGGACGUUGUGUAUGUUGAAAUGGGCCUGCCUACGUUCAUUCGCGUUUUGAGCCAGAUGAGAAGCAAUUUUGCUCAGAACAACGUGUGA